AUGGUUACUGAGUCCGUUGUGUCUGGAACCAAAAAACUUCAUCAAAAGUCCGAGUUAGCGGUAAAAGCAGACCAUGUACUAAAGUUUAUGUUCGAUCCCGAAAUUAAUUACGCCCAGGGAAGAGUUCAAGCCAGUAUGAGACACAGAAGUUACCACGUCAGUGUCACAUUAGGGGAUAACCACACAGUUUCUGACAGCAUAUGUGAUUGUGUGAACGGGCAGGAUAAAUGUCACCACAAGGCAUCUCUCCUUUUAUAUGGUUAUAAGAAUGUUAGCAAGACGGAUGUGAGGGCUUCUUGGAUCCAGCAUCCUAAGAAAACACCACCAAAGAAAACAACCACUAUGAAUGAGCUUUUUCCACCUUCACAAAAAGUGGCCAAUUACAGGUAUUCUCAAAAAUAUGAAGAAACUCUGCUGUGGAUAGUGUCAAAAGAACCCCCAUCCCCUACACUGGAUAUUCCUUAUGUAGAAGAUUUAUUGUUGGGAGAAGCUUACACUCGUGCUACAGACAAGAUACAGUGGUUGAAGACAAAUCUUGCUAUCCAAAGGGAGAAAAUAGAGCAGGUUGCACAAUUGACUGUCGGGCAGAGGAACAACCAUCUUUGGGCUUUGGUCAGGAAAAACCGCUUAACUGCAUCCAACUUUGGUAAAGUGCUUGCUGCUAUCCGACGAAAUAGGUUUCCUCCAUCAUUAUUCAAACAGGUUCUGGGCUCUUAUGAUUUGUUAACAAAAGAUGUCAUUCUAUGGGGUAUCAACAAUGAGUCAGUUGCCAAAGCAAAGUAUUGCUCACACGGUGAUGCAGUUGUUGAAGAAACAGGGGUGUGGCUACUUGAAAGUGGUGUUUUAGGGUUAAGUCCUGAUGGGGUUAUCCGCCGUGCAGCAACCCACAAAUAUAACCAUCAAGUAGCUCAACUGACAGAAAUACUGGAGACAAUGAAAUUGAUGCCAGAGAUUUUAUAAGUUAAAUGUCCUUUCAGUGCCAGGAAUAUGACUAUUCCUGAGGCCAUUGUAUCAAUCAAAGACUUCUGUUUAGACUUCCAGGUUCAUGGUGGCAGACAGAUGUACAAGCUAAAGGAAAAUCACAUCUAUUAUGAUCAAGUACAGGGACAGCUAUAUAUUCAGAACAAAUCCGCCUGUGACUUUGUUGUGUGGACCACCAAGGACAUUGCCAUAGUUAGGGUUCUUCAAGACAGCGCAUGGGACCAGAACAUUGCAAAACUUAUUGACUUUUACUUCACGCAAAUAAUCCCCAUUGUUCAGAAGUAAAAUGUCAGUUUAUUUAGUUUUUUCUUCUUCUCUUAUAUUGAUAAACUCAUGUUGCUGAAACAUAACCAAAUGCUGGUGAAAGGUUUCAAAAUAGACCUAUGCUCGAAAGUUAUGGCAAUUAAACCAUGAUGGCUCUCUUUUAGUAACAACACACACUGCAAAAUAGAUUACUAUCUUAACUUGUUGAAAUUAGACAUUGAAAUAGA